AUGUCCCCCCAAGUCCCCGCACCACCUCCCCUCCCCUCCCCACCCUUCCACAACAUCCCCAACCUCGCAAACUUCCGCGACGUCGCCCUCUUCCCCAACCUCACAACCUCCACCGGCGCCCGCCUGCGCCCCAACCUCCUCUUCCGCAGCGCAGACGUGUCAAAACUAGAUCUAGACGGGUGGCGCGCAGUGCGGGACUUGGGCGUCGGACGAGUUUUCGACCUGAGGUCGAGGGUCGAGAUUGGCGAUGUUGGUGCUGGAGGAGUAGCCGGAGGAGGAGGGGUGGCUUCGGAUGGCAAGGCAGCAGAGGAGGGUGGAAAUGUAGAUGCAGGAGACAGUCUCGAAGCCGCCGCCAAUAUGAACACCAUCAAAGCCCCAAACUGGCUCCAGAGCCUUCACUCCGCCGGCUUGACACGCACCUGGGCCCCCGUCUUCAGCGACGCCGACUACAGCCCCGAACGCAUUGCGCAACGCUACGCAAAAUACAUGGAUGAGAGCGACGAGGGAUUUGUGCAUGCCUACCGCGAUAUCCUGAAGAGUGCAGGUCCCGCCUUUCGCACCAUUGCGCUGUAUUUGGCUGGCUAUGAAGAGGAGGAAGCCGGUGUCGUCGGCGCUGGUUCUGGUGAAAUACCACCCCCCAACCAAAAAACCCAAAGCCAGCAAAACCCACAACAGGAGCAGCACCCCCACGCGGCCCUAAUCCACUGCUCAGCAGGCAAAGAUCGCACCGGCCUCUUCAUUGCCCUGUUGCUCUCCCUCCUCGCCGUCAAUCACACCCUCAUUGCCCAGGAAUACGCACUUACAGAGGACGGGCUCGCCCAUGUGCGCGACCACGUUGUAGCGAGGCUGUUGCAGAGUCCGGCGUUUGUUGCGUAUAUUGCAGGACGUGUGGAUGGGGGUGUUACGGCGGGGGAUGUUGGUGUUGCGUUGGCGGUGGGUGGUGAUGCUGAUGCUCAGGGUGGUGGUGUAGAUGCAAAGCGCGCCGAUAAAACAGCCAAGAUCCCCGUCUCAGUCCUGGAGCAAGCGAAAGCGGCAGCGCGGAGAAUGGUGGGUGCAAGGAAGGAGAGUAUGCUUGGUGCGUUGGCCAUGGUGGAGAAGGAGUUUGGGGGCGCGGAGGGGUAUUUUAGGGAUAUGUGUGGGUUGGGGGAUGGGGAGUUGGCGGCGUUGAGGAGGAAUCUGGUGGUUGGUGGGGGGAGGGGUGAGAUGGGGAGGGAGGAGGGACAAGAGGGGGGAAGGUAG